UCUGUUAAAAGUGACUGCCGCCACCUCUAUCCCAGCAGUGACUCAGCAUUCUUUCACCUUUGUAAUCCUUAAGGCCCUGUCAGGGGCGGACUGACAACUCAUGGGGCCCCCGGGCAAUAGGGGACCAUGGGGCCCGUGUGUCCUUGCCCAAACUCAAAAAAGCCUAUGAAAAAGGUACCGGGGCAUCUCAUGGGGCCCCCUACUGACCCCGGGCCCUCAGGCAGUGCCCGAGUUUUCCAAAUUGCCAGCCCACCCCUG